CACUCAACGGGCGGGGGAGAAGGGAUUGGGUGGGGGAGCGAAAUCUCCCAUCAGAAAAUGUUCACCAAAAUGUGGUGGACGGCCGGAGAAAGGGCAAGGGGCCAGAGAGGGUAAAGUGUGUCAGGAGUGACGGGAUGAGUAGAGGAGUGACUCACUGUGUAACAGAGAGAGAGAAAGAGGGCGAUGAGGAGAGGUGAAGAUUGGCAUCGCAAAAUGGCAGCCCCAACCAGCGUACGAUGCAGAGCAUCGAGAUGGCGAGGAGAGGAGAGCGAGGGGAGGGAGGGGAGGGGUUUGCGAGUGAUGGGAUGGGAAGGAGGGUGACAAGAUUGUGAGUGUGAGGGAGUGACACACUUCGUGGUGGAGGAAGUGGGAAGGAGGGUCUCACACUGUCACACAAUGGCUGUCGGCAGAAGGUUAAAUGGGGAGUCAGGAGAUCGGGCACCGAGGGGAAGGAGAGGAGGGAUGAGGAGAUGAGAUUGAAUAAACAAGAAGGGAAGUGAGUGGAAGGUGAGGAAAAGGGUUUGCCCCAUUCUAUGAUUCGGGGAGAGCGGUUGUCAAUGGUAACCAUCACAAAAUGGCCGCAAGCCAGGGUGAGAUGGGCGGUGAUAGAGAGGAGCGAGAGGGGACAGAGAGCGGAGUGCUUCAGGAGUGACGAGAGCCGAGGGUGGGAGAGGGCGGCUCGUAACAGGGGAGCAAGAACUGGGGGGUUCCCACGGGGGAGGAAUGUGACAACGGGAAGAGGCUAGCACCGUUAAACUCCCCACCCCUCCUCAGUCUCGAAAGUCCUGCUUCGACUUUUCUUUCGGGCUGAGCCUCAGAUCGCUCGGCCCGAAUCCUUCAGGCUGUCCCGUGGAGUAGGGGGAUUAGUCGUCACUGGGGCCCGUCAAAGGCAGGAGUGGGCGCUGGGUUGCCGGAGAAGACGGAGGCGACGUCUGGCGGUACGGACUGGUUGUCGUGGAUAACCACCAUUUUCUGCGGGGGAGAGGGAGAGAGGGAGGGGUCAGAUUGAGGAGGGGAGGCGAGAAAGAUAAGGUGAGGAGAGGAGAUGAAACCCACAGCCUCUCUCUCAGACCCCUCUGACCCCCUCUUCUCUCUCCAUAUCUUCCCACACCUCUCUCUCCCCACCGUAUUCUCAGUCCAACCCUCUCCCCACCCUACCCUCUCUCCACCCUAACCUCCUCUCUGCUCCACUCUCCCCACCCUAUCCUCCUCUCUCCACCCCCUCCCCACCCUAUCCUCCUCUCUCCUCCUCUCUCCCCACACUAUCUCCACACCCUCCACUCUAUCCUUCGCUCUGCACCCUAUACUCCUCUCCCCACACCAUCAUCCUCUCUCCACCCCUCACCCCACCCUAUCUCCAGCCCCUCCCACCCUAUCCUCCUCUCUCCACCCUAUCCUCCUCUCUACACACCUCUCCACACACUAUACACCUCUCUCCACCCCCUCCACCCUAUCCUCCCCCGCCCUAUCCUCCACUCUCCACCCCCUCAACACCCUAUCCUCCUCUCUCCUCCCCUCUCCUCACCCUAUCUCCACACCCUCCACCCUAUCCUCCUCUCUCCACCCCCUCCACCCUAUCCUCCUCUCUCCACCCUAUAGUCCUCUCCCCACCCCAUCAUCCUCUCUCCACUCUAUCCUCCUCUCUCCACCACUCUCCCCACCCAAUCUCCACACCUCCCACCCUAUUCUCCUCUCUCCACCCAAUGCUCCUCUUCCCACCCCAUCAUCCUCUCCCCACCCUAUCCUCUCUCCACCCCUCUCCUCUCCCUAUCUCCCCCACCUCCCACCCAAUCCUCCUCUGUCCACCCAAUGCUCCUCUCCCCACCUCAUCAUCCUCUAUCCACCCUAUCCUCUUCUCUCCACCCAUCACCCCACCGUAUCUCGACCCCUCUUCCCAACCUAUACUCCUCUCCCCACCCUAUCCUCCUCUCGAAACCUCUCCCCACUCUAUCCUCCUCUCUCCACCCCCUUCCCAACCUAUCCUCCUCUGUCCUCCCCUCUCUCCACCCUAUCCUCCUCUCCCCACCCCAUCAUCCUCUCUCCACCCUAUCCUCCUCUCUCCACCCCUCUCCCCACCCUAUCUCCACCUCUCCCACCCUAUCCUCCUCUCUCCAACCUGUCCUCCUCUCUGCUCCCCUCUCCCCACACAGUCCUCCUCUCUCCACCACCUCCACCCUACCCUCCUCUCUGCUCCCCUCUCACCACCCUAUCAUUCUCUCUCCACCCCCUCCCAACCCAAUCCUCCUCUCUCCUCCCCUCUCCCCACAUUAUCUCCACACCCUCCACCCUAUCAUCCGCUCUCCAACCUAUCCUCCUCUACCCACCCCAUCAUCCUCUCUCCACCCUAUCCUUCCCUCUUCCCCACUCUUCGCACCCUCUGCACCCCCUCCACCCUAUCCUCUUCUCUCCACCCUAUCGUCCUCUCCCCACCCCAUCAUCCUCUCCCGACCAUAUCACCACCUGCCAACCUAUUCUCCUCUCUCCACCCUAUCGUCCUCUCCCCACCCCAUCAUCCUCUCUCCAACCUAUCCUCUCUCCACCCCUCUCCUCUCCCUAUCUCCACCACCUCCCACCCAAUCCUCCUCUCUCCACCCAAUGCUCCUCUCCCCACCCCAUCAUCCUCUCCCCACCACAUCCUCUCUCCACCCCUCUCCUCUCCCUAUCUCCAACACCCACCCAAUCCUCCUCUGUCCACACAAUGCUCCUCUCCCCACCCCAUCAUCCUCUCUCCACCCUAUCCUCCUCUCUCCACCCCUCUCCCCACCCUAUCACCACCCCGUCCCACCCUAUCCUCCUUUCUCCACCCAAUCCUCCUCUCCCCACCCCAUCAUCCUGUCUCCACCCUAUCCUCUUCUCUCCACCCAUCACCCCACCGUAUCUCGACCCCUCUUCCCAACCUAUCCUCCUCUCCCCACCCUAUCCUCCUCUCCAAACCUCUCCCCACUCUAUCCUCCUCUCUCCACCCCCUCCCCAACCUAUCCUCCUCUGUCCUCCCCUCUCCCCACCCUAUCCUCCUCUCCCCACCCCAUCAUCCUCUCUCCACCCUAUCCUCCUCUCUCCACCCCUCUCCCCACCCUAUCUCCACCUCUCACACCCUAUCCUCCUCUCUCCAACCUGUCCUCCUCUCUGCUCCCCUCUCCCCACACAGUCCUCCUCUCUACACCACCUCCACCCUACCCUCCUCUCUGCUCCCCUCUUACCACCCUAUCAUUCUCUCUCCACCCCCUCCCGACCCUAUCCUCCUCUCUCCUCCCCUCUCCCCACAUUAUCUCCACACCCUCCACCCUAUCAUCCUCUCUCCACCCUAUCCUUCUCUCCCCACCCCAUCAUCCUCUCUUCACCCUAUCCUCCUCUCCACCCUAUCGUUCUCUCCCCACCCCAUCAUCCUCUCUCCACCCUAUCCUCCUCUCUCCACCCUCUCCCCACCCUAUCUCCACCACCUCCCACACUAUCCUCCACUCUCCACCCACUCCACCCUAUCCUCCUCUCUCCACCCUACGGUCCUCUCCCCACCCCAUCAUUCUCUCCCCACCCUAUCUCCACCACCUCCCACCCAAUCCUCCUCUCUCCACCCCUCUCCCCACCCUAUCUCCACCACCUCCCACCCAACCCUCCUCUCUCCACCAUAUCCUCCUCUCUCCACCUAUCCUCCUCUCCCCACCACAUCAUCCUCUCUCCACCCUACCCUCUUGUCUCCACCCAUCACACCACCGUAUCUCCACCCCUUCCCAACCUAUCCUCCUUUCCCAACCCUAUCCUCCUCUCUCCACCACCUCCCACCCAAUCCUCCUCUCUCCACCCUAUCCUCCUCUCUCCAACAUAUCCUCCUCUCCCCACACCAUCCUCUCUCCACCCACCCCCUUAUCUCCACCCCUCUUCCCAACCUAUCCUCCUCUCGCCACCCUAUCCUCCUCUCUCCACCCCUCUCCACACCCUAUUUACCUCUCUCCACCCCCUUCCCACCCUAUCCUCCUCUGUCCUCCCCUCUCUUCACCCAAUCCUCCUCUCUCCACCCCUCUACGCACCCUAUCCUCCUCUCUCCAACCCUCUCUCCACCCUAUCCUCCUAUCUCCAACACUCUCACCACCCUAUCUCCACACCCUCCACCCUAUCUUCCGCUCUCCACCCUAUCCUCCUCUCCCGACCCAAUCAUCCACUCUCCAACCUACCCUCCUCUCUCCACCACUCUCCCCACCCUAUAUCCACCCCUCCCACCCUAUCCUCCUCUCUGCUCCGCUCUUCCCAAACUAUCCUCCUGUCUCCACCCCCCCCCACCCGAUCCUUCUCUCUCCACCCUAUUGUCCUCUCCCCACCCUAUCAUCCUCUCUCCACCCUAUCCUCAUUUCUCCACCACGCUCCCCACCAUUGCUCCACCACCUCCCACCCAAUCCUCCUCGCUCCACCCUAUCCUCCUCUCUCCACCAUAUCCUCCUCUCCCCACACCAUCAUCCUCUCUCCACCCAUCACCCCCCGUAUCUCCACCCCUCUUCCCAACCUAUCCUCCUCUCGCCACCCUAUCCUCCUCUCUCCACCCCUCUCCCCACCCUAUUUACCUCUCUCCACCCCCUUCCCACCCUAUCCUCCUCUGUCCUCCCCUCUCUUCACCCAAUCCUCCUCUCUCCACCCCUCUACGCACCCUGUCUGCCUCUCUCCAACCCUCUCUCCACCCUAUCCUCCUAUCUCCAACAUUCUCACCACCCUAUCUCCACCCACUCCCACCCUAUUCUCCUCUCUCCACUCUAUCCUCGACUCACCACCGCAUCAUCCUCUCUCCACCCUAUCUCCGCUCUCCAACCCUCUCCCCACCCUAUCUGCACACCCUCCCACCCUACCCUCCUCUCACCACCAUAUCCUCAUCUCUGCUCCCCUCUCUCCACACUAUCCUCCUCUCUCCACCCCCUUCCCACCCUAUCCUCUUCUGUCCUCCCCUCUCUUCACCCAAUCCUCCUCUCUCCACCCCUCUACGCACCCUAUCCUCCUCUCUCCAACCCUCUCUCCACCCUAUCCUCCUCUCUCCACCCUAUCCUCCUAUCUCCAACACUCUCACCACCCUAUCUCCACACCCUCCACCCUAUCUUCCGCUCUCCACCCUAUCCUCCUCUCCCCACCCAAUCAUCCACUCUCCAACCUAUCCUCCUCUCUCCACCACUCUCCCCACCCUAUAUCCAUCCCCUCCCACCCUAUCCUCCUCUCUCCACCUCUCUCCCCACCCUAUCUCCACCACCUCCCACCCAAUCCUCCUCUCCACACUAUCGUCCUCUCCCUACCCCAUCAUCCUCUCUCCACCCUCUCCCCACCCUAUCUCCACCACCUCCCACACUAUCCUCCACUCUCCACCCACUCCACCCUAUCCUCCUCUCUCCACCAUACCGUCCUCUCCCCACCCCAUCAUUCUCUCCCCACCCUAUCUCCACCACCUCCCACCCAAUCCUCCUCUCUCCACCCCUCUCCCCACCCUAUCUCCACCACCUCCCACCCAACCCUCCUCUCUCCACCAUAUCCUCCUCUCUCCACCUAUCCUCCUCUCCCCACCACAUCAUCCUCUCUCCACCCUACCCUCUUGUCUCCACCCAUCACACCACCGUAUCUCCACCCCUUCCCAACCUAUCCUCCUUUCCCAACCCUAUCCUCCUCUCUCCACCACCUCCCACCCAAUCCUCCUCUCUCCACCAUAUCCUCCUCUCCCCACACCAUCCUCUCUCCACCCACCCCCUUAUCUCCACCCCUCUUCCCAACCUAUCCUCCUCUCGCCACCCUAUCCUCCUCUCUCCACCCCUCUCCACACCCUAUUUACCUCUCUCCACCCCCUUCCCACCCUAUCCUCCUCUGUCCUCCCCUCUCUUCACCCAAUCCUCCUCUCUCCACCCCUCUACGCACCCUAUCCUCCUCUCUCCAACCCUCUCUCCACCCUAUCCUCCUAUCUCCAACACUCUCACCACCCUAUCUCCACACCCUCCACCCUAUCUUCCGCUCUCCACCCUAUCCUCCUCUCCCGACCCAAUCAUCCACUCUCCAACCUAUCCUCCUCUCUCCACCACUCUCCCCACCCUAUAUCCACCCCUCCCACCCUAUCCUCCUCUCUGCUCCGCUCUUCCCAAACUAUCCUCCUGUCUCCACCCCCCCCACCCGAUCCUUCUCUCUCCACCCUAUUGUCCUCUCCCCACCCUAUCAUCCUCUCUCCACCCUAUCCUCAUUUCUCCACCACGCUCCCCACCAUUGCUCCACCACCUCCCACCCAAUCCUCCUCGCUCCACCCUAUCCUCCUCUCUCCACCAUAUCCUCCUCUCCCCACACCAUCAUCCUCUCUCCACCCAUCACCCCCCGUAUCUCCACCCCUCUUCCCAACCUAUCCUCCUCUCGCCACCCUAUCCUCCUCUCUCCACCCCUCUCCCCACCAUAUUUACCUCUCUCCACCCCCUUCCCACCCUAUCCUCCUCUGUCCUCCCCUCUCUUCACCCAAUCCUCCUCUCUCCACCCCUCUACGCACCCUGUCUGCCUCUCUCCAACCCUCUCUCCACCCUAUCCUCCUAUCUCCAACAUUCUCACCACCCUAUCUCCACCCACUCCCACCCUAUUCUCCACUCUCCACUCUAUCCUCGACUCACCACCGCAUCAUCCUCUCUCCACCCUAUCUCCGCUCUCCAACCCUCUCCCCACCCUAUCUGCACACCCUCCCACCCUACCCUCCUCUCUCCACCAUAUCCUCAUCUCUGCUCCCCUCUCUCCACACUAUCCUCCUCUCUCCACCCCCUUCCCACCCUAUCCUCUUCUGUCCUCCUCUCUCUUCACCCAAUCCUCCUCUCUCCACCCCUCUACGCACCCUAUCCUCCUCUCUCCAACCCUCUCUCCACCCUAUCCUCCUAUCUCCAACACUCUCACCACCCUAUCUCCACACCCUCCACCCUAUCUUCCGCUCUCCACCCUAUCCUCCUCUCCCCACCCAAUCAUCCACUCUCCAACCUAUCCUCCUCUCUCCACCACUCUCCCCACCCUAUAUCCAUCCCCUCCCACCCUAUCCUCCUCUCUCCACCUCUCUCCCCACCCUUUCUCCACCACCUCCCACCCAAUCCUCCUCUCCACACUAUCGUCCUCUCCCUACCCCAUCAUCCUCUCUGCACCCUAUCCUCCUCUCUCCACCCCUCUCCCCACCCUAUCUCCACCCCCUCCCACCCUAUCCUCCUCUCUCCACCCUAUCCUCCUCUCCCCACCCUAUCAUCCUCUCCCCACCCUAUCCUCCUCUCUCCACCCCUCUCCCCACACUAUCCUCCUCUCUCCACCCCUUCCCACCCUAUCGUCCUGUCCUCCCCUCUCUCCACCCGAUCCUCCUCUCUCCACCCCUCUCCGCACCCUAUCCUCCUGUCUCCAACCCUCUCUCUACCCUAUCCUCCUCUCUCCACCCUAUCCCCCUCUCCCUACCCUAUCAUCCUCUCUCCUCCCUAUCCUCCUUUCUCCACCCCUCUCACCACCCUCUCCACCCCCUCCCACCCUAUUCUGCUCUCUCCACUCUAUCCUGGACACCCCACCCCAUCAUCCGCUCUCCACCCUAUCCUCCUCUCUGUUCCCCUCUCCCCACACUAUCCUCCUCUCUUCACCCCCUCCCCACCCUAUCCUCCUCUCUCCUCCCCUCUCCCCACCCUAAUUCCACCCCUCCACCCAAUCCUCCUCUCUCCAUCCUAUCCUCCACUCCCCACCCCAUCAUCCUCUCUCCACCCUAUCCUCCUCUCUCCACCCUAUCCUCUCCCCACCCCAUCAUCCUCUCCCCACCCCAUCAUCCUCUCUCCACCCUAUUCUCCUCUCUCCACCCCUCUCCCCACCCUAUCUCCACCCCCUCCCACCCUAUCCUUCUCUCUCCACCCUAUCCUCCUCUCCCCACCCCAUCAUCCUCUCUCCACCCUAUCCUCCUCUCGCCAGCCCUCUCCCCACCCUAUCUCCACCCCCUCCCACCCUAUCCUUCUCUCUCCACCAUAUCCUCCUCUCCCCACCCUAUCCUCCUCUCCCCACUCUAUCCUCUCUCCACCCCCUUCCCAGCCUAUCCUCCUCUCUCCACCCUAUCCUCCUCUCUCUACCCCUCUCCGCACCCUAUCAUCCUCUCCCCACCCUAUCCUCCUCUCUCCACCCCUCUCCCCACACUAUCCUCCUCUCUCCACCCCUCUCUCCACCCUAUCCUCCUCUCUCCAUUCCUCUCCGCACUCUUUUAUUCCUUUUCUGUCCCCAUUUCUCUCUACCCUCCCGCUCUCUUGCUCCCUCCACACGGUGUUCACCUCCCCCACCUCUUGUACCCAUGCCCCAUCCCUCGCCGCCCACACACACAACCCCCGUGCACAGGAAUAUCCCACUCACCACCGGAGGCUGUGCGGCGCAGCACUCGAGGUCCCUGCAGUUGGCGAUGGCCGUGAGGACGGACAUCACCAGCGAGACCAGGCAGUCGACCAGGAAGAUCACCGUGAUCCCGCUGACGAACCUCUGCGAGUUUCGGGGUUUGGCGGAGGGAGCAUGGGAGGGGGGAGAGAGCCAGACGGAAAGUGAGGAGUGGAUAGGGGGAGAGAGAGAGAAAAAUGGGGUGAGAGGUGAGAGACACAGGGAGGGAGGGGCAUGGGUGGAGAUGGCCAGCGAAGAGAGA